AUGUUCUUUGAAGCAACUAUUCCUUCUGUGGAAGAAUGGGAACAACGCACUCUACUCGUCCGUCAAGUCCCCAACGGCGGACUCCAUGCCGUUGAGCGGAUUGGCCCAGAUAGCUACGUUGCAUGUACGUUGCACAAUUUCGUGUCGGAAUCAUGGUGCUAUGAUGCUGCGGUUGGAAAAGUAGCUGAGGUCAAAGUUGAGCACCUGAUACGGAAAGAGGGCGAUAGCGGUCCUCGGGGUUCUCAUACGCGGGCAGGAUCAUCGUCGGGCUUCACAGCAUUACAAACACCAAAGAGUCCCAAGAGACCAACAAAUCGACGCGGUGCUUUGGCCAGGAUGUCAAUAUUGCAGGCGAAGGACUCUGCUGGCGUUCGUGAGCCCACCGACCCAUUGAGCUCUCCUGCCCUUCCUCAGCAGCCAACUAUUGCUGCUUUGGAUAAUUUGGCUGGCCAGGAGAUGGCACACAUGCCCGUUUCUCCACCCGUCAUACAGCCAUCAUCUGUUCCGCCCUCAACUCUAUUCGGAGAACGAAUACCAGCCACCAACGGCGCAGGAAUCGGUCUGCAAAACCCAUCCUACAACACUGCUCCGCUUAGCGAGGCUCUUCUCCCAGUACCGGCGCCUCUUCCUGGAUUGGUCAACUCUUUGACUGACACAGACACCGCUGGGCCCGAGCGCCUCCGUACACAAUAUUUUGAGCAUCUCUACACUUCCAAGACCUCACUGGCAUUCUACGUCAAAGGGCCACUGAGUCGGGCCCGAGCACACGUACGCUCGGGCGGAGAUCCUGCAAAAGUGAUAUCUGAACUCUCUGAGUUUUAUGAGCAAAGUAUUUUGCCCACCAAGAAAAUUGAUCACAAAUACAAGGAAUCCCUAGUCAAGAUCAUCAAAGAAUUGCCACCAGCGGUGAUCGAACAGGAAGGAGAAGGUGUCGUCGGGGAAGACACAUCUCGGAAGAAGAAAAGGCCACGGAAGAAGAAGGCGAAGCUGGGUACGGACGGUCUGUGGCCUGAUGAAGAGGAUUUCAUCACAAAAUGGUGGCGCAGCAGAGAUUUGAAGACAGCGAACCUGACAGUGAUUGGUCAAGCCGAGGAGAUGCGGAAAGAAUUCGCAGAUUUACGUAUGCGGGAAAGUGAGAUGCAAAUGCUCCUCAUGUUGGAGGUCAUGUUGCUUGAAAUUGCAGGGUCACAUCUCUCUGAGACUACGAAGCCGGCGUAUGCAACAGAUCCAGACGUGAAAGUCGAAUCUAUCGAGGACGACAACAACGACCUUUUGGCCUCGGCCCCCCAAAGGCCACCUAAAGCGAAGAAGAGGCGCAACUGGACGAGCGAGAUCGAUACCAUCGUCGAUCGUCUGUGCAUUUGGCAUACCGUCAGCCUGGACGAGCUCUCUACAACAGACGACAAGUCUCAGAACAGCAGCAGCAGCACGUCUUCAAAACCCAAUGACUCGCUCAAAGACUUCUGCAAAGAUGUCCUCCUCCCAUUCUACUCGACCAAACUCCCUGAGCGAAUCAAAUCAAUAUGUCGUAAACUCGGCGGACCCGAAAUUUCGCCCAAGCGAUUCAAACAUCCAGCACCUGCAGUCAACCCGCACAGAUCGUCCUCAAUCUCUUCGCUCACAAAAUCCAAAGCAGGCCGACCCAUUGCAAAAAGGACUCUCGAAAGGGUCCUUAGCGAAGACCACCAACUCCUCCGCCACGUCUCCCCGCCAAUUACCUUCUCCCGCGGUUCCUCUGUGACAGCCUCCAUAACGCACAACCCUAUAAUACCAACUCUAAAGCGUGAACCCUCGGAAAGGCCCGUCUCUCGCGGAGGCAAUCUCUCCAAGUCACUCUCUUUCAGUAAUCGAGAAAUUGACCUCGCCGCAGAUCAAAAAGCGCAUGAGGUGAAACGGCGUAAGCUUGACCGGUUGGCGCAGCAAAAAAAGGAGUUGGAGGCAGCGAUUGAUGCGCUUAAGAAGCCUGACCGAAAGACCGUGGCGGGAAUGUUUAUGGACGAAGUGGAGGAGAGGAAGAGCAAGGAGAAAGAAAGGAAACCAGCAGUCCAGAUAUCUGCAACGCCAAGGGCAAGGAGGGUCAAGGAGACUAUGCAGGAGCCAGAGUUGCCGCAAAUGCCCAAGCUGAUGAUUCAGGAACACGACGCGGGGACGGUGAUUCCUUCGUCGACAGUCAAGCCUCCGUCUUCAGGUCCCGGAAUCCCAACUUUGGACAGCAUCACUAGGUCUUCAGCCAGAAAACGAGCAGUCAUUGCUGCGAUCCAUGAGACGCCAUCACGCGGAAUUGAGAAAAAUUCAAAUCCGCUGAACCUGCCUCCUUUUUAUCCGCCUCCGGCUGAGGCGACAGACCUCUUAAGGAUCGCGGCGACCCCAGCAUCCAAACGACCGGACCUAGGUAGAGAAGGCGUGCCUUCGUCUGAACGCAAUCUAACUUCCUCAUCUCAACCCCGGCUUGCCGCUCAUGAAGAGAUCAACAGUGUACCAAACGUGCACAUGACUCGCUCCCGCCGUCCAGUUCUCUUUACGCCAGUGAAAAGGUCAGAGGUCCCACUGGAUCAUGUAUUCCGCGACGCACCAGAGAUUCCUGAGCAGGCCGGUCGCAUGAUGGAUCGAGUCAUGGGUGGGAAGGGACGCGGGAUGAUGAUGGACGAUAGCUUUCAGCGUUCCCAAACCCCUGAUAACUUGACGAGGCUGCACGGAACGGGGACUGUUGAGCGAAAGGACGUCCCGGCGGAGGGUGUUGAGGAAGGUGAUAUUUACGAUCAAUUGGGUUGGAAUGAUGACUUUGACUUGUGA